AUGGUUUAUCAGAGGCCGACUCGUGAAUCUAUGGCGCAAUGGGCGGAGACGGUUGGAGACGAUAGCUAUACAUUCGACAACGCCCUUCCAUUCUUCAAACGGAGCACAAAGUUUACGCCACCUGAUACCCAGGCCCGGUUACAAAAUGCGACGGUCAAAUACAAUGCCAAUUCAUUCGAAUCCAGUGGCGGUCCACUAGAGAUCACGUAUUCCGACUACGCAAUGCCGUUCUCAACGUGGAUGAGGCUUGGAAUGGACGCGAUUGGCCUGCCGGAGUCGGGCGACUUUAAUAAUGGUGAAGUUAAUGGGUACCAGUAUUGUGCAUCGACCAUCCGGGCGAGUGAUCAGAAGCGGAGUACAUCGGCAUCUUCAUUCUUGAAGUCAGGAGACUUGAAGACGCUGAAGAUCCUUGACAAGACACUCGCAAAGCGGAUCCUCUUUGAUGACCAGAAGAAUGCAAUUGGCGUCGAGGUAGCGAAUCAACUUGGGUUUCUUUCAAAUAUCACGGCCACGAAAGAAGUCAUCAUCUCUGCCGGCGCCUUCCAAUCACCGCAGCUGCUCAUGGUCUCUGGAGUCGGACCAAAAGAGCAGCUAGAAGAACAUGGCAUCCCCGUCGUUGCUGAAAGACCCGGCGUCGGCCAGAAUCUUUGGGACCAUCCAUUUUUCGCGCCCAGCUACCGAGUCAACGUUGAGACCUUUACACGACUGGCCAAUGACUUUGGAUACCUGGCCUCGUCCUCCCUCGACUUCAUCCUCAAACACUCAGGUCCACUGACAAACCCAGUCGCGGAUUUCAUAGCAUGGGAGAAAAUACCAGACAAUCUCCGGUCGAACUUUUCCUCGGAAACACAGGAAAGUCUAGCAAAGUUCCCCAGCGAUUGGCCAGAGGCUGAGUACAUGUCUGGAGCCGGCUACGUAGGCAACUUCUCCAACCUCCUAAAAACGCAACCCAAGGAUGGGUACCAGUACGCUUCAAUCCUCGGCGUGUUGAUUACACCGACCUCGCGCGGAAACAUCACCCUCCACUCCGCCGAUACAUCUGACGCUCCCCUCAUAAACCCCAACUGGCUCUCCACACGCUCAGACCAGGAACUCGCAAUUGCCCUCUUCAAGCGGAUCCGCGCCGCGUUCACUAGUGACGCUAUGAAGCCCGUUGUCAUCGGCGACGAGUAUAACCCCAGCCUCGCCGUAGAAAGUGACGAUCAGAUCCUGGAGUGGAUUAGGAAGAAUGUCAUGACGCUUUGGCAUCCAGCUUGUACGUGUAAGAUGGGCGUGGACGGAGAUGAAAUGGCUGUUGUGGAUCACAAGGCGAGGGUAUUUGGGGUCGGGAGGUUGAGGGUUGUCGAUGCGAGUGCGUUUCCGUUUUUGCCGCCAGGGCAUCCUCAGAGUACUGUUUAUAUGCUGGCUGAGAAGAUCGCGGAGCAUAUAUUGAGUAGUUCUUAA